AGCGCUUCGGUUAAGCACACCUUCCUCGAGAAGCUGUCAGACAAUGAUCUUUUGUUAAUACGGGUACCAGUCGAAGAGCCAGUUUAUCCAUGGAUGUUCAACGACUGUUUAAAAGCCUCAGGAAAGAAGCUGAAUGUCCUCUGUGCUUAGAGACAGUCAAAGAUCCCAAGACUCUGCCAUGUUUACACUCAUUCUGUUUGGUAUGCCUCGACAAACACGCUAACUACGCAAGAAGACAGCUUCGGACAGCAAUUAAAUGUCCGGUUUGUCAGGCUAGCUUUCAAAUCCCUCAAGAAGACACGUUUGGCGGCCUACCCGCGUCUUUUCAUCUCAACCGAUUGGUGGAUCUCCUCGCUCUAACGGAUGGUGGUACAGAGUCCCAACAAUGUGGCAGUUGCGAAGAAAACAACACUGCGACUCACUAUUGUUUUGAGUGCCAGAGCUUUCUCUGUACAACUUGUUUUAAAGCUCAUCAACGCAUCAAGGCCACAAGAGGUCACAAAAAUAUCUCUGUCGACAAUUUGCAGGCAGACGAUGUCGAAAAGUUGAUUCGUAGACCAGUCAUGUGUUCAGAGCAAUAUCAUCAAGAUCAACCACUGGAGUAUUAUUGCAAAGAUUGUAACGUUUGUACCUGCAUAAAGUGCAGUGUUGUGAGUCAUAACCAUCACACUAUGGUUGAUAUGCAGAAAGCUGCAGAUGAACAAAAGAUGCAAAUAGACGAGGCUUUGAAGAAAGUGAAAGCGGAAGUUGUUAUUUUUGAAAAUGAAAUGAAGAACCAAACUGAAUUAAUGAACAAAAACAAAACACAAAUAUCGGCUGCCAGAGAGAAGAUGAACGAGACUGUGGACGAUUGUAUUCGCUUAUUAACGGAGCAUAAGGCGUCAAUGAAUGCCAAAUUCGAUGAAAUUAAUCAAGCGCAUCAAAAAGCUCACGCAACACAUCUGGAAAACUUCCAGCUCGCUGUCGCGCAGUUGAAAAGUUCUUUGGAACAAGGGGAAAAUAUCUUGGAGAGGAAUAUCAAUGCUGAAAUUCUGCAAACGAAGCCAGUGAUUAUUGGACGCUGCAAGGACCUUUUAAAUGCGAAAAAACCUGAGAUAUACAAACCACCUGGUGUUCAUUACGUAAUAGAGCAGAAAUUGGAUAUUUGGGAUCGAGUUGUUGUGAGCCAUACGGAUCCCUCAUCGAUACUUGUGAAAGAUCUUUGUGAGAAGGUAGAAGAACAGAAUGAGACAUAUUUUACUAUUAUCACAAGGGAUUCAGAGGAAAGACCGUGCUAUAAUGAGGAUGAUUACAUAAAAUGUGACAUUCGCACUUUAACAGGGGAUAGCUUCGAAACCGUACAUCUAAAGAUUGAGGACAAAGAAGAUGGUAGCUACAAAGUAAGAUACACACCACCUCAUACCGGAUUGUAUGAAGUAAAAGUUGAAGUCAAUGGACAGCCGCUGGAUGGUAACCCAUGGAGUGUGCAAGUCAUACCUCAUCAGUAUCAGUUGAAGUUCAGUUUUGGUUCAAAUGGCAGUGGACCAGGACAGUUUGAUGGACCUUAUGAUAUUGCUGUUAAUAAGAAAACGGGAACUGUUGCCAUAUCUGACUAUAGAAAUGAAAGAAUUCAGCUCUUUGGCACUAAUGGCCGAUACCUGAGAGAGAUAGGACUGAGGACUGGCUGUAGCUCAUUAGGCUUUACCAAGUCCGGCCAGAUAAUUGCCGUUACUCCUGGUGAUGUUCACAAGAUGUCUUUACUCUCUAAGCAGGGUCAGUUUGUCAAGCACAUCGACAGUGAGCACUUGAAGUUUCCUUUUCAUAUAUCCACUGAUGGCGUUGAUGAUAUCACGGUAUGUGAUCGAGAGAGUAAUGAGGUCAUAGCCAUCUCUCAUGACGGAACAGGGUUAGUAACACGCAUUGCUGCUUCAGAACAUAGUCGAUCAGUAAUGUGCGCCAUUUAUCACAAAGACACAGACCGUUACUUUGUCUCUGAUUCCAAAGCUGACCUGGUCAAAGUUUUUGAUAAGAACGGAAACUUUCUUUAUGAAAUUGGCCGUGGAAAGUUACUGAAUCCUUUUGGACUUGCUAUUGAUAAAUUCAACAAUUUGAUCGUCUGUGAUACUGGGAACAAGAGACUCAAAGUAUUUACUACAAAAGGAGACUUUCUCUCAGAGACUGAACAAUGUUUCCACACGCCGCGGUUUAUUGCCGUGUCUAAAGAAGGGGAAGUUCUGGUCACUGAUUAUGAGAAAGACUGUGUUUUUCUAUUUCAAUAGGCCAGUAGUACGGCGAUAAAGGUGUAAAAGACGUGUCUUAGAGCACGAGUUUAGGGCACA